GCACAAAAAUUAAAUUAAUUGGCGGAUUCUGUGAAAACUAAAGAGACUGUAGAAUCUGUUCUGUGGAUGUUUGGUUGUGUGAAAUCAAUUUAAUUCCCGAAAUGUUGUUGUGUAACUUGAGCUAAAACAGAGGAAAUUGUCGUGCUUUUACAUGUAUACUAUUUACUAUUCGUAAAUAAGAAUCCGCAGUUUAUUAGCAAUACAAGAAGAAGUCGGUGUCAUUUGAGUUAUUUUAAAAUGAAAUUAUAAAUUCCCCCUUCGUUUCGUUUGAAUCGUUUCGCUUUGUAUUGAGAAUUCAAUUAACAAUUCUAUAAUGACGAAUUGAGAGUAUGAAAAUAUCUGUGAACUCGUUUUAUGUUUGGGAAAAGAAAAUGUUAAGCCAAAAAGUAUUAGUUUAGCGUGUCGGAACAUUGUUAUUUACAGUAAAAGCUUUCAAUUUCGAUAUUAAAAACGAUAUUAAAAAUGCUGAAAUGGUAUUCUGCAUUAAGCAACCGUACAAUAUCAAUAAUAAUCAUAUUAUGUAUCCUAAUGUUAUACUUAUCAUAUACAUUCAACUCAUGUCUGGUGUCAAGCAUUCAUAGGACUUUCCGAAAGAUUCAAGCACCAGAACAAAAUGUUCUUCCACCUGCCAAAAGUUCCGAUCCAACUCAAGUCAAUAUAUUCGGUUCAAUUGUUCGAAUCGUUCCUUUAACUGGUGCCAUCCAACAUGCUUUCAAUGAAAGCGAUGGAUCGCCAAAAUAUCGUUUUCUUCGACAACAAGGUCUACAGCCCAGUCGCCAUUUACCCGAUACCCUGAUCAUUGGCGUUAAAAAAAGUGGUACCAGAGCUCUGCUCGAAUUCAUACGCUUGCAUCCGGACGUGAGAGCUGCGGGCUGUGAAGUGCAUUUUUUUGAUCGACACUACGCAAAAGGUUUCCAUUGGUAUCGUAAUCAUAUGCCAGCAACGAUCGAAGGUCAAGUGACGAUGGAGAAAACGCCAAGCUAUUUUAUUACUAAGGAAGUGCCACAACGGGUUCAUCAUAUGAAUCCGGGAACUAAGUUGCUGGUUGUUGUUAGAGAUCCUGUGACUAGAGCCAUUUCUGAUUAUACUCAAGCGGCUAGCAAGAAGCCAGGAAUGAAGAAAUUCGAAGAACUGGUGUUCCUCAAUGGCAGCUACGGGGUUUCGGUUAUCGACACAUCGUAUGGCCCAGUCAAAAUUGGAGUAUACGCUAGACAUUUAGAAAGAUGGUUGCAAUAUUUCCCACUCUCUCAAUUAUUAUUCAUAAGCGGUGAACGGCUCAUUGUAGAUCCGGCCUACGAAUUGGGCCGAGUGCAGGACUUUCUCGGCCUUAAAAGAGUUGUCACCGAAAAGUAUUUUUAUUUCAAUUCAACGAAAGGAUUUCCAUGCUUGCUCAAAUCUGAGGCUAGAUCAAGUCCCCAUUGCUUGGGCAAAACAAAAGGUCGAAAUCAUCCAUACAUUGAUCCAAUUGCCAUCGAUCGUUUACGGGACUUUUAUCGACCAUUUAAUAUAAAAUUUUAUCAAAUGACUGGAAUACACUUUGGCUGGUUGUAAACUUUUUAUACGUACAUGUCAAACGCAACAAAUGAAAAAUCAAUUGAAUAGACGUAAAUCGAAGCAAAUACAUUUUUCACGAUAAUCACAACGUGAGAAGCUCUAUCUGUCAGUAUAUUGGGACAUAAUUAAUUGUGCUCACUGUGUAACAGCAAUAUUGUACUUUUAAAACUUCUCCUCGUUACCAGCUAGCACAAAAAAUCUUGUGUCAAGUAACUCUCAGAAAUUUUCUCUCCCCUAAGAAAAGCCAAUUGCAUGCAUAUUACUCAGGUCAUGGGUUAAAGGAGUUCGACUUUUACAAAUAUACCAUAAAACUCUGUACUAUGGCCUGAUAAAAUAUUGAAUUUCAAUAUAAAUUGUUGACACCGAAUUUUUUUUAGAGAAAAUAGAAGACAAGAUAAUAAC